AUGAACAGAAAAACUGCCCCACUGAAAUAUUUUUCAAACCAUUUCCAGAGGCUUUUAAAAACAUUGAGAGUACAACAAGAACCAAAUGCCAGUAUUGAUUUGAAUGAUGAGUUGUGUGAAGGAUUGCCCGAGGAGUUUGCAACUUAUUUGGACACGUGCAAAAAACUGAGCUUUGACCAAACGCCGGACUACUUACAACUCCGCAUGUUGUUCUGGAAAAUAGCGAAGAGAGAGAUAAUCGUGUUUGAUGGCAAAUUCGACUGGACUGGAUUUAAAGGACAGAAGAGUGAAGACAGACCACCCGAAGUUGUUACUGCUGUCGAGAAAAAUGACUCAGUCGAUAGCAGAAGUGGAAGUGGAAGUAAGGCGGGAAGUAAAAGCAGAAGUCAGAGCCCAAGUGGGUCUGUCGAAUAA